AGCUAUUAUGAACACGACAUGCACGCCUAACUUCAACUACUACGAUUCACCUCAAUUUCUAUCUACAGGUAUGCACAUCGCUUCGGUAAUUAUCACACCAGUCCACCUACUCGGCUUAUACUGUAUCAUUUACAAAACCCCUUUGCAAAUGGCGGCUGUUAAGUGGUACCUGUUACAAAUGCACGUUUCCGUGAUGGCAUUAGACUAUUCGGUGACUGUAGUGGGUAUUCCAUAUGUGUUAGCAACUAGGAUAGCUGGGUUUUCGCUCGGAUUAUUGCAAUACUCUAGCUACUCGUUUCUUUUAGCGAUUUUUGUUAUGAUAGCCUGUUUGCAGUUUGUGACAUUAGGAAUUACUGGUAUAUUCGAAAAUCGAUUCCGAAUCAUUUGCAAGUUCUCCUGGGUGCCACUUUGGAAAAAAUUCAUUACACCAGGGUUUCUGCCGGGUCAGUAUAUUGUGUACCCAUCGUUUCUGCUACUUGGGAUACCUUUUAUUCCGGAUCAGAAAACUGCAUUGCAGGAUAUAUUCAAGACCCUUCCCUGUCUGCCGCGUGAAAUCUACGAAGCAGAUAUCUAUGUGAUAGCUGAUGACAUGACUUAUCAUGUUAUGGCGAUUUCGAUGGGAUUGUCAGGAGCAAUUGGUCAGAUUAUAUUUUUCAACGGCUGUCUUAUAUAUAGUAGUUUGGAGCAGUUAAAGGCAAAAACAAUGUCACAAAAGACGUUCCAAAUGCAGAAGCAAUUCCUAACAGCAGUGGUCGUGCAGGCUGCAUCUCCAAUGAUCUGCUUGAUAAUUCCACUUAUAUAUUUCACAAUAGCACACUUGGUGGGGUAUUAUAAUCAGGGAAUUAUCAAUUGCUUACUUAUUAAUGUAUCUAUUCACGGUCUAAUAUCUACAACAGCUCUGGUGACUCUUCAUAAGCCUUAUCGAACGGCGGUGCGGAGCAUGAUCUCGAAAUUGCCAGAACCAAGGCGACCGAAAGUCUCACAGUUAUCAACUCUUUCGAGGAGCACUGUUGUGGUGUUGUAA